AUGAUAAGUCUUACUUCCAUUGAUGUGUCAUACAAUCAGUUAGAAGGUCCUCUUCCUGACAUCAAGGCCUUCCAAGAGGCUCCAUUCAAGGCACUCAAAGGUAAUAAAGGUUUAUGUGGUAAUGCUACUGGUUUGAAGGCUUGCUUGACAAAAUUGAACAAUGGGGAUGCUGAAAAAAAGGGCAAGAAAGUUAUGAAAGUGAGGAACACAAAAAACGAGCCAUCACGAGUAAACCAUGAUAAUGUUUUUGCAAUAUGGAGCUAUGAUGGAAAAAUGGUCUAUGAAAGCAUCAUUGAAGUCACUAAGAACUUUAGUGCCAAGUGUUGUGUUGGAGAGGGAGGAUAUGGUACCGUUUAUAGAGCUGUCCUACCAAAUGGUCAAGUAGUUGCUGUGACGAAACUUCAUGCAACACUUGAUGAUGACUUGGUUAAUCUAAAAGGGUUUGCAAGUGAGAUCCGCGCAUUAACUAAGAUUCGGCAUCACAACAUUGUAAAGUUGUACGGUUAUUGUGUACACCCAAGGCACUCGUUUUUGGUUUAUGAGUUCUUGGAAGCGGGAAGCUUGGGAAAGGUGUUGAGUAUGGACGAUGAUUUAGUAGUCUUUGACUGGAUUAAGAGAGUGAACACUGUUAAAGGUGUGGCAAAUGCUCUGUCUUAUAUGCACCAUGAUUGUUUUCAACCAAUCAUCCAUCGAGACAUAUCAAGCAAGAAUGUUUUGUUUGAUUUAGAGUAUGUGGCUCACAUCUCUGAUUUUGGCACAGCUAGAUUUAUGAAUCUCAACUCAUCCAAUUGGACCUCCUUUGCUGGGACCUUUGGUUAUGCUGCUCCUGGACUUGCUUAUACAAUGAAAGUGAAUGAGAAGUGCGAUGUAUAUAGUUUUGGGGUGUUGGCACUGGAAGUGAUUAUGGGAAAGCAUCCCGGUGAUCUAAUCUUCUCUUUAUUGUCAUCCUCGUCCUCAUCAUCAACAUCAACUGCUCAAGGGAUAUUUUUGAAGAACGUCUUGGACCAACGCCCCCUACCUCCGAGGAAUCAAGUGGCAGAGCAAGUAGUUGGUGAACAAGAUUUUCCAUGGGAACUUGGCACCAUUGUUAUUGGACAUCUAUGA